AUGGGAAACGCUCAGACCUACCGCAUCCGGCGAGAUGUCGCCGGUUCGCACGCUGGAAAGCCAGCCAUCCCGUCCUGUGGUCCUAUGGUUCCCUCUAGUCUCUCUGAAUGCUCCGUGUGUGCCUUCCAGAAAACCAUCGCGACCAUGGACCUUUGUGGCGUUGGGUGGGAAUGCGGAGAAAAAGCCAAUGGUGAUCCGGCAACGGGGAACGCCUGUGAGAAGGCACCCCGGUACCAAGUGUGGACCGGUGGACACGAUUAUGGAGGAACUAGUAACUAUCACUGGUUACUCCUUUGUGCUGCUCUUCGCCCAUGGUUCCGGGAUCGAGGGUGA